AUGCCAGCUCAAGCACCUCAGACCGUUUCGAAACCUCAUAUCCCAGCCUCUGGCGUUUGGUGCCCAGCAAUCACUUUCUUCGAUCACGAAACGGAUUCUAUCGAUUUCAAUGCCCAGUCCAAGUACUUUUCGUACCUCUCCACCACUGGUCUUGCAGGUCUUGUCAUUCUGGGCACCAAUUCUGAAGCUUUUCUGCUCACCCGCGAAGAGCGAGCUCAGCUCGUCUCGACCGCUCGCGCUGCUGUCGGUCCAGACUUUCCCCUCAUGAUUGGUGUAGGAGCCCAUUCGACCAAGCAGUCUCUUGAGUUGGCUCGGGAUGCCGCAGCGGCGGGCGCAGACUAUGUCCUUGUGCUUCCGCCCGCCUAUUUCGGCAAAGCAACCAGCAUGGCUGUGGUGAAGCGUUUCUUCGCCUCUUUUACGGCUCGGUCGCCUCUUCCAGUCGUGAUAUACAACUUUCCCGGUGUGACCAACGGUGUGGAUAUCGACUCGGAAACCAUGACGGACAUAGUCCACGAGUCUAAAGCCGUCAGUGGAACGUCUAACGUCGUGGGUGUCAAGUUGACCUGCGCGUCUGUCGGCAAGAUUACACGUCUCUCGGCCACUUUCAGUCCUUCAAAUUUCGCAAUCUUUGGCGGUCAGUCUGAUUUCUUGAUUGGCGGUCUGGCUGCUGGAUCAUCUGGUUGUAUCGCUGCGUUCGCCAACGUGUUCCCCAAACUCACGGCGAAGAUCUACGAGCUGUACAAGGCUGGUCAAGUUGAAGAGGCCAAGAAGCUUCAAGGAAUCGCGGCACUGGCGGAGAGUCCGUGUAAGAGCGGUAUCGCAUCGACUAAGUAUGCUGUCUCAUGUUACUCUGCUGUAGCGGCAGAAAUCGAUGGAGCAGAAGCAAAGCUGGCGCCCCGACACCCCUAUGGGCCGGUCGGCGAGGAUGUGAAGCGUGGUGUUCAGGCGGCUAUGGAAAAGGCGGCAAAGUUUGAGAAGUGUUUGUAG